AUGAAGAAAAACUCUUUGACCACGGGAUCCGUGACAGACUCCUUGCCUUUCAGAGAUGGACGUGACUGGGGGGAUCACAUUAGAAAAUUUGAAGGCCAUCCCGAUCGCUCCUGGCCGGGGAACGAUGAUGGGGGCCCACCAGGACGUGAACAUGAGCGAUGGCGAGGAGGGGGCAGACCACGGCGUGGCCACCUAAUGCCGCGAGGUGGAAUGUCUGGACAAGGAGGAUUCCUCCCAGGUGGCCCACCGGAACCGAAUGCCCCGGGUGAGGGCUUUGCAGGACAAGAGCGGGCAAGCCGGCCCAGCGACCCCCGGUUCAGCUGUCACUAUUGAAUGUUUUUAUUGUUUUUAACUGUACAAAAUGGCAACCAAGACGAGGGACAAAGAUACUCGACACUACGACUCAACGUACCCACUGACUGUGACUCUUAAGUUAACCUUCGUUGUUUUCACUUCCUAGCUCAGUAUGUGAAGCCAUUCAUAUUUUUUAUUUUAUUUUUAUUUUGGUAACGUGUUUCUGUAGGUGCUGCCGCACACGCUCAUCCUUUCAAAAGAAAACGUGUUUCUUUUACGAGGCAUUCCAUUUUCUAUAAAUAAAAGAGGGG